AUGACCGGCACUCUCACGCUCAGCCUUGGGCUCGCGACCUACCUUCAAACGAACAUGCCUGCCGAUCAAAGUUUACAUCGGAAACUCAGGAAGAAAAUCCGAGAUAAAUUUCAUUCUGAUCACAGUUUUGUUGAUUCUGGCAAAGAGACACGAGGUGGAACGCCCGUUUCGCCCCCAAAAGCCUUGGGAAACGGUUCUCUGGCCUCGGUCGAACCGUUCACACUCGCUUCAUCAGCCUCGGCUUCCAAUGCCCAAUCAAAUACCAAGUCAGAGCCGUGUAGUGAUCUCGGGGAGCAUGCGUUCCAGGUAGCCGUCCGGAAGUGGCAAGAUGGUCUUAAAGAAGAAGAACGCAAGGCCUUCCUUGACGCAAUCAGUGGCCAGAGCAAAGAGGAAAUCGUAAAGGAUAUCAUUCAGCUUGAUCAGCGGCAUGAGAAGACGUCUAAAUCUCGCAGAAACGCAGGUACAAUCCACAAAGUGGUUCAGAUACUCGACCCUUCGAUACAAGUCAUUUCGUUGGCGCUAUCUGCGGACCCUGCAGCUUCCCAGGUCUCCUCAAUUAUCCUUGGCGGACUCAAACUUAUUCUCAAGAUGGCCAAAGGCUGGGAAGAGUUCUUCUCAAGGCUGACAGGCUUGCUUGACCGCUUGAGCAAACACACCGAUAGAUGGACCAUGUAUGCCAAGGCACGGCUCAAAGACGACGAGAGACUCUUGAUUCUGGAUAGCCUAAUAGAUGUCUAUGGGGAUUUGCUCAGGAUCUGCCAAGAAGGCCGGCGUGUAUUCCUGUCUCUUAACGACCAGAAAGAGAAAGAAAAGGAGAAAAAUGCAGUUUCUUGGAGAAUCCUGAUACACCAGAUAUGGAAACCAUUCGAGGAGACAUUCGGUGGCAUCGAGCAAGAGCUGGCCUCCCACGUGGAUCAACUGCAAGACGCAGCUGAAGCAGUAAAUCUCAGAGUCACAACGGAGAUCCGCGACAAACUCGACCAGAGUCUAGAACAAGCCGAGCAAGGGAAGAUCAAGCAAGAGAGAGCAGCAUUCAUGAACUGGAUCUCAAGUUUGGAUUUCGAAACAGCACACAAGCUUCUUUACGAGAGACGACUAGACGGAACAGGUGAUUGGAUCUUUGGGAGCCGCGAAUAUCAGAGAUGGAAAGAUCACCAUGGUUCCUCGCUUCUUUGGUGUUACGGGAAUGCCGGCACAGGCAAAUCAGUCCUUGUCUCGAACGUGAUCGACAAGCUGUCUCAAAAAUAUGAGCUGCUGGACAACUUUGGGAUCGCAUUUGCAUACUGCAAGUAUGACGACAAGAGCACUCAGCCCCUGAUUGCCAUCCUACCUGCUAUAAUCAAGCAACUGUGCUACAAAAAGGCUGUACUCCCUGAUCGCAUCAUUCAACUCUUUCGGGACUAUUCCGGACAGGCAAAGCCACGGACUGAAGAUCUAUUCAAGGACAUGUUCCAGUCUAUCACUGAAGAGUAUGAUACUGUCUACAUCGUCAUCGAUGCACUUGAUGAAUGUCCACGAAAGACAAAGGAUACCCUGGGACAGAGGGGCCGCAUCAUUGACUUCAUCAUUGAUUCUGUCAGAUCAAAUCCCAGAGUCAAAUUCCUUGUAGCCAGCCGCUACGAAAACGACAUCAGACGUGCAUUUCAGAACUUUGAUCGAACCGUCGAGUUGGAAGCAAAAUAUGUGCGAGCGGACAUCAAGAAGUAUGUCAAGUACGUUGUCAACAAAGAACCGGAUUUGCGAAAACUCGGAAAGAACAUGAAGGAAAAAAUCAUCCAGACUUUGACAACAGCAAACAAUGCAAUGUUCCUAUGGGUGCACCUUCAACUGGAGGUGCUGACUUCUCAGUCACUUGAGAUCGACGACAUUGACGAAUUCCUCAAAGAUAUACCCUCGGAUAUCGAUGACACUUACGACCGUUCUUUGAGCCACAUCCACUCGCUGAGUGAACGUGAGAGAAACCUUGCAUACAAAUGUCUUGCAUGGGUACUUUACACUGCACGACAACUUCGAGCCGACGAGCUACGUUAUCUCGUUGCUUUGCCAGACGACGAGGCCAGAUGGAGCUUGAAGGUGCAGCCAAAAUCAAUCGAGGCCAUAUUAAGUGUCUGCAGUCAUCUUCUUAUCCAAGACGGAGACAUGAUCCGAAUGGUUCAUUACUCUGCCAAGGAAUACAUCUUCGAAACAAAACGCCAUACGACCACUCGAGACUGGGUUGAGAAGUUACAGCAAACCGAACAGGCACUGGACUACAUCGCGUCCUGCAGUCUAUCGUAUGCACUAUGGCCAGAAUUGGACGAACCAUGCGAUACGCUACAAGAUCUGAUUCACAUCUUCGAGCACUUGUGCAGCUCAGAUUUGUGCGAGACCAUUUUGAUCUGGAUACUGUGGCAGCUGAUUUCCAUCCUCCAGAUAUUCCCAUCAACAUGGCAGCACUGGUCUUCGCAACACAUCUGCAUGGAACUCGAGAAGUAG